GGGCGGUGGCGGGGCCGGGUGCUGCGUCCCUCCCGCCGCGGCUGCCCGCGCCGCCGGCACCAUGGGCUGCUGCUGCCGCUGCCUCCUCGCCCUCCUCCUCCUCCUCCCGGCAGGACUGGGUGAUGGCUCCACAGCAUCACCCCUCAUCCCCACCAACUCCUCCUUCUCCUUGGAGAGGACCCCAGCAGGGCCAGGCUCUAAGGGUGCAGCUCUCCCCACACCAGCUCCUGGCCAGCCCUGGCUGCCCACCACCACAGGACCUGCUGGAGAUGAGAUGUCCCCUGGGCCAGCAGAAGGGCACAGCCACAAUGCCACCACAGUGGAGGCACUGUCCCCUGCUCCUGUCACCCUGAGCUCCACCACUGCAGCCACCAUCAUCCCCAGAACAGAGAGCCCAUCUGUAGCCUCCAAACCCACCUCGGUACCACCAACCUUGGACUCAGCCCCAGCUCUUUGGACAGCCAGCACUGCCACCCUGUCAAGAGGCACAACGGAUCUGGGGACAGCCCCCAGCCCCACACCUGCACCUGCAUCCUCUUCAAACCCCACCACUGAGCUGCUCUCAACCCCUGGGACAGUUUUGUCCCCAACGCCUUUCCUCACCAGCCCUGGCACCACCCGGCCACCAGCACUGACCAAGGAUGUCCCUUCUCAGGGGACAAUGGCCGUGGCAUCAAGCCUGGCCGUGGAGCCAACGUCCCUCCCAGUGACUGUGAUGAGCCCCACCACAGAUGAGGCUGUGGCCACUGGCCAAACCACCCUCUCCACUGGUGUCAUCAUGGAAGAGGUCCCACGUGCCUUGAGUGCAGGGAGCAUCGUGGCCAUCACCGUGACGGUCAUCGUGGUGGUGGUGCUGGUUUUUGGAGUGGCAGCAUACCUCAAGAUCAGGCACUCCUCCUAUGGCAGACUUUUGGAUGACCACGACUAUGGCUCCUGGGGCAACUACAACAACCCCCUCUACGACGACUCCUAGCAGGGAUGAAGCAAAAAAACCCAAACAAAAAAGAAAUGAAAAUACAGAUCUUUAAUUUAUAAGUGCUUCUGCAGCAGAACAUCCAUGACCAAGUUGCCCAAGGGCAGGAUUACGGCGGGUCCAGAGAAUGGAGGGAGGGAUGGAGGGAAGGAAGGAGGGGUGGAUGGGAGGGCAGGUGCAUGGCACCCACAAUAAACCUGAAUUUUGGCCUU